AUGAAGGUGCAAAGGUGGAAGAAAGCCCUAACAAAAGCAACUAAUUUGUCAAGGAAGCAUUUGGAAAACAGGAAUGAAUCUCUAUUUAUUCAUGAAAUCAUUGAAUGGGUGAAUUCGAUAUUAGUAAACAAAACAUACUUUCAAGUUGCUAAGUAUCUAGUUGGAAUAAAGUCUCGUGUACAAGAUGUGAAGUCGCUUUUAGAUAUAGAGAAAAAUGACCGUACAUGCACACUAGGGAUCUUUGGAACUGGUGGAAUUGGUAAGACAACUAUCACCAAAGCUAUCUACAACUCAAUUGCUACUCAGUUUGAAUGUAGUUUUUUUCUUGAAAAUGUUAGAGAAACUUCCGGCCAAAAGGACGGUCUAAUCCAUUUGCAAAAUAAACUUCUUUCUAAAAUCCUAGGAGGUUUAAGUCAAAUGGUUGACAAUGUUGAUCAAGGAAUUACUUUGAUAGAACAGAGACUUUGCCUAAAAAAAAUACUUCUAAUUCUUAAAGACGUGGAUCAUUCAGACCAAUUAGAAAAGAUUGUUGGAAAAGGCGAUUGGUUUGGCUUAGGAAGUAGAAUCAUCAUAACAACAAGAGAUAAACAUUUACUAACUAAGCAUCAAGUUUUAGCCUACGAGGUAAAGGAAUUGGAUCACUACAAAUCUCUUCAGCUCUUUAGUUGGCAUGCCUUCAAUAGGGACAGACCUAAUGAUGAUUAUGUAGAAGUCACAGAAGAUGCAGUAUGUUAUGCUGGAGGAUUGCCGCUAGCUUUAACAGUGCUAGGAUCGACUUUAAAAGGAAGAGAUAUACUUUAUUGGAAAAAAUAUGUCACAAAAGUACUAGAUAGUCGUGGUUUUCACUCAUAUAGCGGCAUCAAAGAGCUAAAGGAUAAGUGCUUGAUAACUCAAUCUUGUGGAUCAUUGGUGAUGCAUGACUUGGUGCGAGAAAUGGGUAGAGAAAUUGUUCGACAAGAAUCACCCAAGGAACCUGGCAAGCGCAGUAGAUUGUGGUUUCAUGAAGAUGUCCGUGAUGUCCUAGAAAAAAAUACGGGAACAAACCAAGUUGAGGGCAUACUGAUAGAUUUGCCUGAAGCAGACUUGAUACACUUAAGUUCCAAAGCUUUCAAGAAGAUGAAAAUGUUCAGACUCUUUAUAAGCCAUAAUGCACACUAUUAUGAGGAGCCUGAUUUUCUCUCUAAUGAGUUAAGAUUGCUUGAUUGGCCCGGAUAUUCUCGAGAAUCUUUGCCAUCCAAUUUUCGUGGAAAGAACCUUGUUGUUUUAAGAAUAUCUCAUAGCCUCCUCAAGAAAUUGGAAGGAGUUGAGGUAUAG